CUAAGAUGAGCGGCGAGGCCGCCCCAGGCCUGGAGGGCAGGGUCCGGAGAACGCUGCGAAAGGUCUUCGGGUUUGAGUCCUUCAAGACUUCCCUGCAAGAAAACGCGACCAUGACGGUGGCGAGAGGCGAGAAGGAUGUCUUUGUGUGCAUGCCCACAGGGGCAGGGAAAUCCCUGUGCUACCAGCUUCCCGCGGUUCUGGCAGUGGGCAUCACCAUUGUCAUUUCACCUCUGAUUGCACUGAUUCAGGAUCAAGUGGAUCACUUGCUAGCGCUGAAGAUCAAGGCCUGCUCUCUGAACUCCAAGCUUUCUGCCCAGGAAAAGAAGGCCAUCCUGGCUGACUUAGCAAGCGAGAAGCCCCGAGUAAAGCUCCUGUACAUCACCCCAGAGAUGGCAGCUGCCUCUUCCUUCCAGCCUACCCUGAACUCCCUGGUGUCCCGAAACCUGCUGUCCUACCUGAUAAUCGAUGAAGCACACUGCGUCUCCCAGUGGGGACACGAUUUCCGACCCGACUACCUACGGCUGGGCACCUUGCGCACUCGCAUCCCCAGUACACCGUGCGUUGCCUUGACUGCCACUGCCACCAAGCAGGUCCAGGAGGACAUCGUGGCGGCGCUUAAGCUAAAGCAGCCGCUUUCCACGUUUAAGACUCCUUGCUUCAGAUCUAACUUGUUCUACGACGUGCAAUUCAAAGAGCUCUUGACUGAUCCAUACGCCAACUUGAAGGAUUUCUGUCUGAAGGCACUUGAAGUGAAGAACACCACUGGGGUGUACUCCGGUUGUGGCAUCGUGUACUGCAGGAUGAGGGAUGUGUGUGACCAGCUGGCCACUGAAUUGAGCUACCGAGGAGUGAAAGCCAAGGCGUAUCACGCAGGACUCAAGGCAGCUGACAGGACUUCAGUCCAGAAUGAAUGGAUGGAGGAGAAGAUCCCAGUUAUUGUUGCAACCAUCAGUUUUGGAAUGGGAGUAGACAAAGCAAAUGUCAGAUUUGUUGCCCACUGGAAUAUCGCGAAGUCGAUGGCUGGGUAUUACCAAGAGUCUGGCAGAGCUGGGAGAGAUGGGAAGCCAUCCUGCUGCCGCCUCUACUACUCCAGGAACGACCGGGAUCAAGUCAGCUUCCUGAUUAAGAAGGAGCUUUCUAACAUCCAAGAAAAAAAAGGCACCUUAAAAGAAUCUGACAAAGCUAUGAUGACAGCUUUUGACGCCAUUGUGAGCUUCUGCGAGGAGCUGGGGUGA